AUGUGUUCAGAAAAAUCUAGUAUGCUAAGUCAGAUCCACUGGUGUGGUUUCAUAUGUUGGAGACCUCUUUUAGAAGAUGUUUUGGCUGCUGAUGUGUUAUUCAUUCUGAUGUUCCCAGUGAUCAAAGUGAAUGCCCUCAAGUGCCCAGAAGCUGAUCCUAUUCCUAUUCCACAUGAGUGGUACCAACCAGGUGAUCUUCUCGUUGGUGGGAUAGCCUCACAGCAUCUCUAUGCCUUCAGUGAACAUAACUUUGAUAAACACCCAUCUCAGGAGCUAUAUGGACUUUCAGAUCUCAUCACAAAAUUUUACCAGCAUGUCCUUUCCUUAGUCUUCGCUGUGAAGGAGAUCAAUGAGGACCCACAUAUCUUGCCCAAUGUUACUUUUGGCUUUCACAUCUAUGACAGCUACAAUAAUCCGAAGAUGACUUAUCGGACCACUUUGGACAUGGUCUUCAGAUUACAUACAUUCGCCCCCAACUACAGAUGUGGCACCAGGAAAAAUCUCAUGGCCGUCAUUGGAGGACUUGGAUCAGAUACUUCAUCCCAUAUAGCAGACAUGGUAGAUUUUUACAAGAUUCCACAGCUCACAUAUGGAUCAUUUCCAAUGGGAGAAAUUGAUACCGGUGUAUCAUCUUCACUUUAUUUUAUGGCCCCAAAUGAGGUUCCUCAAUAUAUCGGGAUCAUCCGAUUGCUCCAGCGUUUUGGAUGGAAAUGGAUUGGACUCUUUGCUGCCGACACAGAGAGUGGAGAACAUUUUUUGCAGAAAUUGGAGCUCUUGUUUUUCCAGCAGGGCAUCUGUUUUUCUUUUGUACAAAGAUUCCCAAAACUAUUGCGUUUGGAUGACUUGGGUGAAUUUGGCGAUAUCAUGUUUCAUUUUUAUACCCAUUUCUCAGACGUUGAAACAAACGCCUACAUCAUCUAUGGAGAAUCUUUGACCUUAGCCUGGCUGACAGCUCUCAAAUCCGUCUGGGAGGCUGCAAAUCAUGGAAAUGCAUCGUUCAGCAAGGUGUGGAUCGCCACCAGCCAAAUUGAUUUCACGUUAACGGGAACCCAAAGGGAAUGGAACCUCCAAUUUUAUGAUGGGGCCAUUGCCUUUCAAAUCCAUUCAAGUCGAAAUCUAGAAUUCGAGGAAUUUCUCCGGUCCAUAAAACCCUAUUCAGGGCAAAGAGAUGGAUUUCGAAACCAUUUUUGGGAGCAAGCAUUUGACUGUUUCUUUCCUGAUUCGGGAUCGUCAUCCUUGGGAAGUCAAGAAUGUACUGGGGAAGAAGGCCUGGGAAACCUUCCAGAAUCUCUGUUUCAAUUACAGAUAUCAGGGCACAGCUACAGUAUCUACAAUGGGGUUUAUGCUGUGGCUUAUUCUUUGCAUAGCAUGCUAUCCAAGAGAUCCCGUUUGAGAAAAAUCUUGGCAGAUAAAGUGGCUGAAUCUCCAGAACUACAACCUUUUAAGCUCCACCCAUUUCUUCAAGGCAUUUCUUUCAACAACUCAGCAGGAGAGGGAGUGUCCUUUAAUGAGAAGAGGGAAGUUGCAGCAGGAUUUGACCUCAUCAACAUUAUCGUUUUUCCAAACAAGUCUAUCCAGAGUGUGAAAGUUGGAAGACUAGAUCCCGAUGCAUCUUAUGGAAAUGAAUUGAUCAUUAAUGAACAUCAGAUUGAAUGGCACAGAGGUUUUAAUCAGGUUCUUCCAGUUUCUCUGUGUAAUGAAUACUGUCACCCUGGAUAUUGGAAGAGAAAAUCUGAAGAGAAAACCUUCUGCUGCUAUGAUUGUGUUUCAUGUCCGAAGGGGAAGAUUUCAACUAAGAUAGACACAGAAGAUUGUAUCAAAUGUCCUGGAGAUCAGUACCCAAGCAUGGAGCAAGACCGAUGCCUUAACAAAACAACAAGUUUCCUGUCCUUUGAAGAACCUUUAGGGAUCAGUCUGGCUUCAGCUGCUGUUUUCUUUUCCUUCAUGACAAUCAGUGUGCUUGGAAUUUUCCUUAAGCGUAGAGAUACCCCCAUCGUCAAGGCCAACAACCGGGACCUCACUUACACUCUCCUUAUCGCCCUUCUGCUCUGCUUUCUCUCUUCCUUGUUAUUCCUUGGUCAGCCAGGGAAAGUAACCUGCCUUCUACGUCAACCGGCAUUCAGCAUCAUCUUCUCAGUUGCUGUUUCUUGUGUGUUAGCUAAAACUAUUACAGUGGUUGUAGCUUUCAUGGCUACUAAGCCAGGUUCUUCAAUGAGAAAAUGGGUGGGGAAAAGAUUGGCUCUUUCCAUUGUCCUUUCUUGUUCUUUUCUUCAAGCAGGUCUUUGCAUUAUGUGGCUGGCAACAUCUCCUCCAUAUCCUGAGUUAAACAUGGACUUCCUUGUGGAAACCAUGAUUUUGCAAUGUAAUGAAGGCUCCAUCUACAUGUUCUAUUGUGUCCUGGGCUAUCUGGGCUUCUUGGCCAUUGCCAGCUUCAUUGUGGCUUUCCUUGCCCGUAAUUUACCUGACAGCUUUAAUGAAGCCAAGUUCAUCACCUUCAGCAUGUUGGCCUUUUGCAGUGUGUGGAUCUCCUUUGUUCCAACCUAUCUGAGCACCAGAGGAAAAGCCAUGGUGGCUGUGGAGAUCUUCUCCAUCUUGUCCUCCAGUGCUGGGUUAUUGGGAUGUAUCUUUUUCCCCAAAUGCUUCAUCAUUGUGUUGAGACCAGAACUAAAUACCAGGGACCAACUGAUCAAACGAAACAAUUAAAUUAUGUUUACAUUAUUUUUAUGAAUAAAAAGGGGAGGAUGUUAGCAAAGAAAAAUUAAAGAUGGCCCUUUUUCAAUGUUUCUUCCAACUUUCCAAGCCAACAUUAUAUUAUGUAGUUCUACUCCAUUUCAUCCAUUUCCUAAAUUAGAUUUAUUCUCAGUUACUGAAGAAGUGAUUCAACAGUGUAAUGAAGGUCAUCCCAAAGGUGUUUGUUCAAGAGGCAACUGGACUGGACUUUCUGGUUUUUCUUUGAAGAUGUUUUCAGUGGUGGGAUUCAAAUAAUUAGCUGCCAUGCCAUUUCCCAUCCUCCCUGGCCAGGGGUGGGUUCUAAAUUUUUUUACUACCGGUUCUGUGGGCGUGGCUUAUUUUGUGGGUGUGGCUUGGAGGUCAGAGUCAUUUCUGGAAGGUCCUCGCACUUACGACCAGUCCUCGCACUUACGACCCGACUCAUUUGUUUGCUUUUAACACUGAUCAGCUGUAGGACGGCCCUUUGAAGCCCCGCGGCAAGAGUUUAAACAGUUUUUUUCCCUCUAGUCAUCAGCUAGGA